UUGAAUAGAUCGAAAUCGGAUCUAUCAUCAUCAAUGAUGAUAUCAAAUGAAAUGGAUGAAAAUAAAAAUACAUUAAAUCAUGAAAUGAUAAGUCUAUUGGAAUUUAUUGUCGGUGAUGAACAUCGCCGUUGGAAAGGAUCGAAUCAUUUUAUCAUUGGUUGUGCUGCAGCAGUUUCAUCAAUCGAAAGUGAAUCAAUGAAAUCUAAACACAGUCAAAUUAAUGGUAUAUCCAAGCCAGUAAUCGAAGGUCUGAACGAUGAAUAUCAGAUUGGAGAUCUAGUCCGUGUUAGAUGUUGGCUACCAGCAAAUAAAUUGGCCAAAAAUGUCAGAAUCGAAUGGAUAAUCAAUGAAAAAUAUACGAAUAUACCAGUCAAAAUGACUAAAGAAAAAAAACGUGGUGGUUAUUCGGUUGAAUUGUGUUUUCGAUUGGCAAACAAACAUCUUAAUGAUCAAGGUUCAUUUUCAUUAAAAUGCAGAAGUAUUCAAAAAUUGAAAAUUGAUAAAGUUAAUUCUGCACACUUGACCAUGAAGAAUGAAACAGGAGAAUCGAAUGAAGAGAAGAAAACUAAUUGGCCUAAUAUGUUAUCCUCAUUUGAAGGAGCAAUCAUACCGAUUUCAGUCAUUCUGACAGUUAUAAUAUUUGGAUAAUUGAUAAUG